CCCCCCCCCCCCCCCCCCUUUCCUCAGGCCGCUAUGACGGACCUCCCAAAGGACUACUUCAAGCCGACGGCAAUCAUGGGCAAGUCGCCUUCCGAGGAUGUUAAGUCCCCGGCCAAGCCCUCGGGUGCCUUGUUGAGUGGUGGCUCCGUGGAGGAUCUCCCCUCAGUCAUUCAUGGCUUUGUAACCGAGGUCAAGGAAUGUGGCAGUGUUCACAUCUAUCGGCUUCCGUCGACUUUCUUGCGCUUUGCCGCCAGCUCCUUCUUCCCCAUGUCGACCUACUUUCUGGACAAGAUGAAGACCGACUACUUGGUCAUCCGCCCGGCCGGCUUUGACUCGCCUUCGCGCACAUACAAUCGCCGGCUUGCCGAGCCCCUGAGCGCGUCGGCCCUGAAGCGCCUACGCGACAUUACCGAGGGGCGCCUGGUGGCCAUCGAGCCGCACCGGGUGGAUCGCUACGGACGGCUGGUUGGCACCCUCUUCUCGCACUCGCGUCUGGCGCCUCUUCACUUGAUCGACGUGGCGGCGGACAUUGUCAAGCGCGGGCUCGGCGUCGUGUACAAUGGCCAUGGCGAUCUGUCAGCCUCACGGGUCCAAUUCCUGGAGUACCUGCAGGAGAAUGCACGCGAGAAGCAUCUCGGCAUUUGGACGCGCGUAGACGGGCACUAUGUCCAGCCGAAGUCCCACAAGCGCGACCCCAUCUGCCCUGGCGCUCUGCAGGUGACUCGAGCCCCACCGACCGGCAAUGACAUUGACUUCGGCACCGGUCUCGAUAGCUCCAAGUCGCCGUUGCUCUUUUCCGUGUGCUCCCAAUCUUCCGGACAGUGUGACAACUGCCCGCUGCUGUUGGGCGAAACCGACCCCUCGGUGCUGUCGCUCUGUGCGCGGGCCACCGAGAUGGAUCCGAAGGAGCUGGCCGCGCUUUUGGCCAGUCGGACGUCCUCGAUCUCCCGCUCGGGCGGCGGUGACGGAGGAGGAGGAUCCAGCUCGGCGUCGACCGUGGCUGCCGGCGCCGGUACACCUGCCGGUGCCGGAUCUCGUGCAGGCGUUCUCGGGUCUGGGCCCGGGUCGCGGGCUGAUGCCCUGGGUGACUCGGUUCAGCCGUUGGUUUACCAUUAUCGCCGGUCACCGGAAACCGGGCGUUUUGUGGCGGUUCCCGCUGCCCCGAGUCCCUAUUACAUGCCGCACGAGGCGCCCGCCCCUUUGGGACAGCCUGCACCGGCCUACUAUCCGUAUCAUUACCAUGCGACGGCGGCGGUAGCCACAGCGGCGGCAGCUCCUCCUCCUCCUCCUCCUCCGUCACAGCCUCCGCCCAAGGUCCCGCACACGGACUGCAUGCACCCGAGCCCAUUGGUGCAUUUCGCCGAGUCCAGCGCAGUCGGCUAUCAUCACCAUCACCACCAUCAUGCUUCCUUGUCAUACCACCCGCAUCCGGGGCACGGGCAUGCCUCCUCGCACGGGCAUACCCUGCACCAUUAUCCCACUGGACCAGAGCCGGCCUCCAAUUACAUGGAGGUCUUCGAUGAGUCGCCAGAGGAGGUCUUGGCAACCGCCCCGGCGGCCAGUGUCCCUCCGCUGGGGUCGACACUGCCGGGCGGCGAGACCGCCGACAUGGGGGAGGACCCGCACCAGCCGCUCAUGUACUACCAGUACUUUGUGCCAUCCAGCCAUCCGGUUCCCUUCCAUGAUGCCCCGCACUUCCCGGGAUAUCCGAUGUACCUGUCGCCCGGGACGGGUGAGUAUGUGGCCGGGCCCGAGGGCGAGGCUCAGCCGGAUGGCAGCUCGGCGUCGCCCGGUGCCGGCGAACCGACGGCCACCGCGCCACCGGCCAAUGCCUCAACUGAUGGCGGCAGCAGCAGCGGUGCGGCGGGGGCAGCGGCAUCGGCGGGGGCAGCGACCACCGGGUCGGCGGGAGCGGCGGCGGCCACGCCGCGGCCCCCGGCCUCCGGUCCGCCGGGGGGUUCUCCUGCUGCCAUGGCCGCCGGCCUGGGUGCCGUGGCCUACCAUCACCAGUUUGCCUUCCCUCCCCCUUCGCAGCAGCACCAUAUGCUGACGGCGGCUGCGCCGGCCCAGCCGUCAAUGCAUGCCGGGCCGCCCUUCGCCGGGACGGGCUUCGCGCCCCCGGCUCCGCAUUAUUACCUCCACCACCGGUCUUAUGGGACGCUAGCGGCCCGGCCCGUCUCGGCGGAUGGCAGCUCGCCUGUCGGCCUUGUCAGCUCCAUGGCUUGCAUGGGCCGGCGCUUCUUCUCUUCCAUGCCUGCCCUCCCCGGGGCGAACUCCCUCUCUCCCUCUCCUUCACACAUGUUGGCCUUGUGCCGGCUUCCUGCGGGCAGUCGGUCCGCCCUGGCAUCUGCCCUCCCGCGAUUGGCCCAUCGAGCGUUGCUCCUUCUUCGGAGGUAGGCCGGCCGGUUCCUUUCUCAUGUUCCUCCCCUCCCCUCCUUGUCCUUGUGGUGGAGUCACCCUCCUCCUCGUUCCUCUGCCGUGUGUCCUCCCUCCCCCCUUUUCCCUGUCUUUCGCCGUGGGAUAAACAAACUUCCGUUGCCCCCUGGGAGGGGGUGCCCACUCCCUA